GCCAAUGAUUACGGUUAUAACAAUUCCGUGCAUCUCCUACAUUUACAUGUCAAAAUGGACUUAACUUCUUCAGACUUAGAACAAGAUUUCGAUUAUUCAACAGGCGUUUGCUUCGAUUCUGACGAUUCAGAUGAAUUUACGAACAAUAACUCUCUCGGUGUUGACAACACUCCAAACGAAAAUUACACAACGUCAACAAAUAACGUUGAGUUAAACGACAGAGACGAAAAGGGGGAAGAAAGUUCACAUGUUUCAAAAUUAAAUGAAAACAAUAUCCAAUACAACUUCAAUGAUAGUGAAACAGAAAAUGACAGGGAAAAUAAUGGAUAUAUACAACACACAGUAUCUGAAGAUCAGAUAUGUAUGCAGAUUAACCCAGGAGACAGAUCUAUGCCCAGUAAUCCAUCACAUGCUACUGUGACUGUUGAAAGUAGAAAUCCAGAGACAAAACUAAAAGAAAUUAAAAGAUACCAAUGUGAUUACACAGACUGUUCUAGAACUUACAGUACUGCUGGAAAUCUCAGAACUCAUAAGAAGACACACAAAGGAGAAUAUACUUUUACAUGCAAUGAAGGAGGCUGUGGCAAAGCUUUCCUUACUUCCUACAGCCUGAAAAUCCAUGUACGAGUUCAUACAAAAGAAAAACCAUACAACUGUGAUUUACCUGAAUGUGAAAAGGCUUUCACCACACUAUACAGAUUAAGAGCACACCAGAGGAUCCAUACAGGAAAGACAUUUAACUGCGGAGAGGGAGAAUGCAGGAAAUUCUUCACUACCCUUAGCGACCUCAAAAAACAUAAAAGAACACAUACUGGUGAAAGACCUUACCAGUGUGAUGAGAAUGGAUGUGGCAAGGCUUUUGUAGCUAGUCAUCACCUAAAAACACAUAUUAGAAGUCAUACAGGUGAAAAGCCAUUUUCCUGUGAUGGAUGUCCAAGAGCAUUUACUACAAAUUAUAGUCUAAAAGUUCAUAAAAAGAAUCAUGAGAGAGAUAUAGAAUCUGAACGGGUGAUACAAUCUUAUGCUGAUCAGUUAUUAAUGCUUUGUGAUCCAGUUGAAGAAAACCAGUUACAAAAACUGCUUAGCCUUACAGAACAAAACCAAGCAGGAAUAACAUAUGAACACAUUUGUAAAAUACCAGAUUACAGUCCAGGAAGUUUACAGGAAAUCACUCCUGCAAUGUUACAAUCAUCUCCGUCAGUUCAGAACACAGCUGAAGAUGGGUCAAACAUUCCUCAAGUGAUCAGUCAAAUACAGAUUGUUCCGUCGUCAGAAGGAGCUUGCACAUUAAUAAAUCUACCUCCAGUACUACAACAAAAUAUAGCAGUUAUCGAUGAAAAUCAAACAAGCACAAUCAUCAAUCAGAAUCCCUCCGAUAUGUCUCAAAACCAAGUUGAUGGUAGUAGCAGUUUUACAAAUAUAAUGGAUCAAGGAAAUUGUAUUUGUUCAACAAUAUCUCCGGUAGACAGCAUACAGGUUCAGAUCCCUAGCAAUACUCAGGAAACUGGUUAUGACUUGUUGAGUAGUUUGGAAGCAAUGACUAGAGGCAGUGGUGGGGCUGCCACAGUUCAGCCUACUGUGGCCACAGUACAGCCUAGCAUGGGACCUAUACCUGUGUCGGGCAUUGAAGCCAUACCUCUGUCAAGUCCUCAAAUCAAACAAUGUGAUGGAAAACCAACUGUCAAAGUUCAACACUUUCUGAUUACAAAGGUAGUGACUGACACACCAAAUGGUGAACGUUUUGAGACUGAAAGCACAGUGGAGUUGCCAAACUUGAGUUCUGCCACAUUAGCUAAUAGGCAAACUAAUCUAGGUGACAAUGUUUUAGUUUAUCCACAGUUAGUUAACCUGACACAAGGUGCUGUACAGGCGGCGGCAACAGCGGUGACGGAAAAAGUUGAUACAUCCAAAAACAAUCUGACAUCGACAGACGUGACACUAUCUCAAACGUAUCCAGCUGUAAGUAGUUGCGAAACUCCCAUCAUUCUUGAUUUAACACAACAGUCUGCUCAGAUGAUGGCUGGCUGCACAACUAUUGAUUAUUCAGAUAACAAAACACUCCUAGCUGAUCUUGCUGUGAACAAGGAUGCGGAUACUACCCAGAAUGCAUUAGGGGCUGAUAAUACCCAGAAUACACUGGAUACAGAUUCUGUCUUUCUUGAUGAAGGAACUUGUGCAAAAUGUUGUAUAAAUGUACCUGUUACAAGUUAAUUACUUUAGGAAAAAAAAUUGGAAAGUGAUAUUUUUGCAUGAUUUUUUUCACAGUUUGAUAUAAUAUAUGAUUUGUUUGAUUAUAUACUGAGUGUCAAUCUUACAACACAUGAUUUUCCAAGCUUCUAUUUUUCAAUUGUUUAAUAAAUGUUCAAAAACAUUCGUGUAAACAUUUUUUUUGAAUGUAUGUUUUCAUGUUUCUUGUAUUAUUUAGUCUAUGAUCAAUUUUUACCUGUUCUGAACAUCAAAAAGAUAAAAAUCAAAACAUAUGCAAAAGUCACAAAUUUCAUCCAAUUUUGAAUUUGAAUUGAAUUUUUUUCAACUGGAAAUUUAAUGUUUUGUAUCUGUUUGCACUCAGUAUAUAUUUGAAAGUUUAUGAACAAUGUGAUAAUUUUUAUUUGCUGUUUUUGUAUUGUGUUUAUAUGUAAUUAUGGUGUAAAAAUUGUCUGCUUAAAAGGAUCUAUCCUGAAAAAAUUAUGAAAGUUUAUGCAUAAUAAAAAAAAAAUAUUUAUAGCUUCAAAUUCAUAUCAGGUAUUUAGUUGACAAUGGAUAUAUUUCAGUAUUAUGUGAAUCUUUUCAUGAAAUAUAAUCUUUUAUAUUAAUAUUCUUGUGUAAUCUUUCAUAACCUUUAACAGAAUGUCAAAAACAAAAUUUUGAAGGC